AUGGCCGACGACAGCUAUCGAAAGGAGUAUCCUCAGCACAGUCGCCCCGAGGAGAACCAUUCCCGACCUCAGUCGCACUACCCUCCACCUCCCCAGGACAACUCUCAGAGGCCUUCUGAGGACCAUCAAGCAAGCAUGGCCGCCUCUGUCUCCCUCCCCUCCAUUCACGACGCCCGCAGUUAUGGCCCGCCUCCUACUGCCCCAGGACGUGGAUACCCUCCCGACCCGCGGUAUGCUUCGCCAAAUGCCGUCAACGGCUAUCCGCCACCAGGCCACCAGGCCCCGCCUCCACCCCAGCAGCAGCAGCCUCCGUAUCUUCCGCCGCUCCAGCCUCAGUCUGACCCCCGAUCUCCUGCCUAUCCACCGCCGGAUCAGCGGGGUGGCUACUACGAUGACCGCCGGCCUCCUGGCCCUGGCGGCUAUGGUCAAGAGCCGUACUCAUCGGAUCCCUACUACGCCUACCGGGGACAGCCGCCUCAAGGUCCCCCGCCUCCUAACGGCUUCCGUGACUACCGCGCCCACCUCGCCAGCGGCGUCUACGAGUACCCUCCUGGGGGACCCGGUGCCGCUCCUCAGUUAACACAGGCAGCUCCAAGGCAGCGUACGUCCAUUGCCUGCAGAUAUUGCCGGAAGCGAAAGAUUCGAUGCAGUGGCUACCAGAGCGCUCCGGGAGGCAAGUGCCAAAACUGUGCCCGGAUGAACCAGGAAUGCAUCUUCCAACCUGUCUCAUCCUCAAGCUCCACGGCAUUCAUCCCAGUGUCUGCUGUCCCCGGCGGCGUUCCGCCAGGCACUCAGCUUUUCGGUGCAUACGGUCAACCCCUGGCUCCAAGUUCGGUACCAGCCCCUCAUCCAGGGGGCCCUUACCAGCAGCAUCCUGGCGCACCACCGCCAGGCUAUUACCCGCCAGUUCAGUCGCCUACCGAGUCGUUCUCAUCCUACGGAGAUGGGAGGACCGACGAUGGUAGCCAAGUCGCAGGAAGACGCCGCCGCAGGACUUCGGAGGAACAGGACGAAGGGUACAGGCUACCCCCGCCGAGAGCUGCUGUCGAGGAAGACCCUCGGAGAAGGUCUCCAGCUGAAUUUUCAAACCAUAGCAGCCCUGGGGGAAUCGGUUACCCGCCAUACGCAGGGGCGAGACAGAGCCCACGCAACCCUGGCGGAAGCGCGCUGCCACAGUCGACGCCAGGAGCAAGCUAUGCGACUUCUGCUCCGGGUGGUCGCUCCCCAACGGCACAAAACGGCUCCAGCGGAGCGUCGACACCGGCUCGACAGGGGCAGAGCUCCAGCCAACAGCCACAGCAAGGGAACUCGUCGGUUAUGAGCCUCAGCAACCUGGUGGAGAAGAACGACAUCGAUAAGACGAUGAUCGACCGACUGAAUCGCCCAGGACCCAGCCCCAAUCAGAACGGGCGAAGAGACGCAAGCCGUUAA